AUGCAAGGAUACCUAAAUUUUAGGAAGCAGCCAAAUCAUGAAAAGCUGGCUGAUAGCCCGCGGCUGAGUGCAAGAGCAGAGGGACUGCCUGCUAUGUUCCGUGCAAGAGGCAAUGCCAGUUCAGCUGGAUCAUCGUUGUUGUUUCGCCCGACAUCAAGAUAUCCUACUUUGAGCAAGGAUCCAACGCCGCCGAUAGGAAGCAAUGUAUCCAAUCGAUUCGAUGUAACAAGAGGUAUUUCCCCAAAUGAGAAAAAAGCAGUGAAACGACCGGUAAUGAAGCCUAUGGAAGCAGCUAAACCUCCGAACCCACAGAAAAGCAACGAAGAGGAACCUGUGGAUGCGUCUAAAGGCAAAACGAGAAUAACAAGCCCAGCUACUGCAAUUCCCCAAGUACAAAUAAAUAAUAAAGCGGUCUCCCAGAACUCAGUUGCUCCUCCUACUAGUAAAAGUAAAAAUGAGAAGGGCUUGGAGGCUGCAAGACAAGAUAUGCCUUUGAAGAUUAUACGACCUGCUCCCCGUAUCGUACAACCAAAAUUUAAUCCCGAAGACCCUAAAAGGAAGGAGAAAUAUAUGCCUCCUCCCCGGGUCAAUUCUAUCUCUCGGCCUACACGUCGAGUAAGUUACAUACCUUAUGGUGGUUUUGACAAUUUCUUGGACAACUAUUAUGAUGAUGAUCAAACCGUUUCCAGAGAUAAUAUUUCAGAAGAAAAUGAAAUCUCUGAACGAUAUUCAGAGCUGGAUGAAGACGCAAACUUAGAUGCCGCGUCAUACACUCCGUCCAAUGCGUCUUCUGAUGUGGAACCUGAUGUUCGAUCCUUUGCUGAAUUAGCUCAAUUACCUAGUCUACCAAGUGAAGCUUCGAAACCCUUCGAGGUAGGCUCCAGCAAUGCAAAUUUGAAUUCAGAUUCCGAUCUCAAUACUCAGAACUUAUAUCGCAAGAACAAGAAAGUUCCAUUCUCUCAACCCCGUUAUCCUAGUAGCCAAAGUUCUAUGUUACCCUCCACUGCUGAACCCAUCCGUCCUAUACCUCCAAUUCUUUCAACUGAACAGCAAAAUGUUUUCAGGAAUAACCAUGUCCCAGAAUCCGCGAAAGGAGGACGGCAAGACAUAUCACGACGAGGACCUGUUCGUUUUAACCAAAGCCCUUCUCCUUUGGAAUCCAAUCCUAUCAAUAUGCCCAUCCCAGCAGUACACAACACUCCGCCUUCCCCCGCUCCUAUUGCUCCUAUUGCUCGAGCGGAAAGCACUCCUGUGGGCAGUUCCAUGAUGAGUCCUCAAGGUUCACCAAAUAGAAUUGGCACGAAAGAUAACAAUUCUAAUCCAGCGGUUAGUACAAAAGAGAUGGAAGAUAUUUUUAGUGGGAUGCCUAACAACAAUUUGUCUUCCCCUGCUGUUCUAGAGAUGGAUAACUCGAAAUUAGACAGCGAUGCUAUACCUUGUCAUCCUGAUGACAAACUUUUAAUUCCUCCCCCGAAAAAUGUCUCUCAUGCUGAUGUGAUGGUUGCAGAACAGAAUUUGCGGAAAGGUAGAGUUGCGAAUCCUUUAGAAGAAGUUGAAUUAGCAAAAUUAUAUUUAAAUGCUCUUGAGACUUUGGAAAAUAAAUCCUCUUUGGCCCCUGACCAAGCUACUUACAAUACAAGGAUAGCGGUCUAUCGGACGAGAGCAAUAGAAAUACUAAAGAAACAUGCCUUUCCUAACAGAACGCAAGAUUCUGUUGCUGAAGCACUCUUUUUAAUUGGUCAGUUUUAUAGUCAAGGUGUGUUGGGAUUCCCGCGUGAUGCACAAAAGGCAUUUGAGCUUUACGGCCUGUCUUCAAAGAAAGGGCAUUCGCUUGGAACCUAUCGAGCCGCCGUUUGCCUUCAAACAGGUAUUGGUGUGAGACCAGAUGCUCGCAAGAGUGUGCUUCUAUAUAGAAAAGCAGCCGAAAUGGAUAUUGUUGAGGCUAUGUUUCGAAUGGGUCUGAUUUACUUGAAUGGUUUGUUGAGUCAAAAGAUUGAUGUACCUCUUGGUUUACAGUAUUUGGAACGCGCUUGUGAGACAAAGAGACCUGAAGCGGUACGUGCGAUGUAUGAAUUGGCCAAAAUUUACGAUCACACCAAGCGCUUUAAUGUAUCCGUAUCUCCGGAAAGAAAAUUUGAGCUUUACAAGCUAUCUGCUUCCUAUGGCUUGCCUGCAGCUCAAUGCAAAUUGGGAGAAUGCUUUGAGCAUGGAUUGUUGGAUUGUGUUCCCGCACCAAGGCGUAGUAUUUUUUGGUAUACAAGAGCAGCUGAGCAAGACUACGGAGAAGCAGAAUUGGGCUUAUCUGGAUGGUACUUAACAGGAGCGGAAGAAAUCCUUCCUAAAAAUAAUGAAGAAGCCCUUCUCUGGGCUCAUAAGGCUGCUGUCAAAGGUCUAGCCCAAGCUCAGUUUGCAGUAGGCUUCAUGAUGGAACAUGGCAUUGGCAUUGCCGCUGAUCCUGCUGCUGCCCAUAAUUGGUAUAUAAGAGCCGCUAAGCAAGGUUUUGUGAAGGCUCAGAAACGCUUAGAAGAACAAUCGCUGUCUACUAAGAAAUCACAACCAAAGAAGAAUAGCAAAAAGCAAGACGAACAGUGCAUUAUUAUGUGA